AUGUCUGACCUUAUAGGUUUACGCGUUUCUGUCCCAAACGCAAGUGGUCAUGGGUACAUACGAUAUAUUGGACCGAUAAGAAAUAAGUCUGGGUUAUUCGUUGGGCUUGAACUUCAAGGAUCAUUGGCAUCAUCAAGAGGUAAAAAUUCUGGAUCUGUUGAUGGAGUACAGUACUUUACAGUUAGUGUGCCCAAAAGUGGUCUCUUUUUGCCAUAUGACAGGUUGAGGAGCGUUAACAUGCAGCUGCUUCCAGAUGUGAAGCUGAUUCAAAACGGACAAAGAGAAACAAAUGGAUCAUUGAAUUUCACAACGCCAAUUAGACCAACACCAAGUUCUCGCUUCAGCCCCAUGGCUCAACCCCCAUAUCACUCAGUUCACAGAAGCAGUGCUAAGAUCUACCACUCGGGUAAUGAUCAAAUCAUUUCAGAGCAGCAGCAGCAGCAGCAACAUGAUUACGAUCUUGAACAUCGUCGGACUUCAAGUUGGAGUUUGGAUCAACAUCGCAGUGAAGUAUCUACAACACCGCUUAGGUCACCAUUAACACCAUCAAACACAUACCGCGAGACAAAAUUGAAUCUACUAGAUGAACAACUGUACAAGUUGGAGAACGGACAUGAUUAUAGAGAACAGAUUGAGGAGUUGAACAAGUUAAUUAGGGAAAAGGACCGUAAAUUGGAAAAUUUCAACAAGCAGAAAUUAGAGUGGCAUAAUGCAAUGGAUGAUUUGAUUGCAGUGCAGCAGGAUGGUAUAACCGUGUUUGAGGAAAAAAUUCAAGAGUUGGAGGAUAUAAACAAAAAUCAAUCAGUUGAAAUUGAAGCUUUGAAAAAGAAGUUGAAAUUAUCCGAUCAGAAACUGAAAGAAUUGGAAAAAGAAUGUGCUGAAAUAAGAUCACAGACUAAAGCAACUGGCUCAAUAAAAGAAGCCAAUGUAAAAAUUGAGUCGUUAGAGAAAACUUGCUCCAAUUAUUCAAGCGAAAUUGAACAAUUACGCAAACAAUUGAGUGAUGCGAAUGGGAAAAUCAAAGCGUUGGAAGAACAAGGUAUGGAUAAAAUGCACCAGACCACCUCUGAUCAAAAUUUGGCUCCUCCCAUAAAAUUGGAGCGAUUGAUAUCCUUGUCGACGGUGUCCUCGAAUUUUGCUCCGUCUGGUACAAAUGAUACAACAAAAGCUAUGCAAUCAGCUACAGAUGAUGGGUCAUCUGACAGCAUACAGGAUUUGCCAGUGUACAAGCCAUCCCAUUUGACGGAUCCAAGUGCCGGAAGAUCUGACUGGUGUGGACUAUGUGAAAGAGAUGGCCACAGUUCCAUUAAUUGUCCUUUUGAGAAUGACAUAUUUUAA